CAAAGUGCAAAAUUUAAACGAAAUUUUUAUAGAUAAAAUUUUUUAACAUUUUUUCCAUGUUCCUGGCAUCUUACCUGAUAUGGCAUUUUUCUCUGGGGCGCGAGUUCUGGCGCACCCUUUCUUGCUCUUAUAAAUCUAAGACUCUCGCAACAUUUUAUUUUCAAAUUUUUGUAAGAAAUUUUAGUCAGGAAGUAGAAACACAUUGUUAUAAAAUUAUUUAAUUUUGUAAUUAUGCUUCUUUAGCUUUGAUCCAUUCAAAUUUGCAAGAAAAACAGUUUUCAGAAGUCUUCAGAAGGGAACAAAUUAAUAUUUAGCACAUAUUGGUAAAUAAAUCGUAACAGACAGAGCAGUUAGCACAAUAAUUACAGGUGAUAGGAUUAAAAAAUUUAUAAAAAACAUAAUACCCCCUUAUUGGUAAAAUUCUUUGUUUUUUGUUUUAGUUAUGGAUAAAAUGACACAAUGAUAUGUCAAAUGUUCCGUUAAAAUGACUUUUCAAUGAAUCGAUCCUCCGGUGACUCUCGGCCAAGCUCUUCAAUGAGUUACAUAAAAUCGUCAACUUUUAAAUCAAUCUUCGAGCUGUGCGAUGUGGUCUCUGUGAUAGUUUGUUGCCGCAUUGACACGUCCAUAAUGCUGAUUAUUGAAUCCAGUUCCAACGAAUAUUGGAUCCCUUCGAUGAAAGUCUCGGGUCUAAAUAGUUGGUUAGGCCAUCUAGCCAAGGAUUUACUAAACGACAUUUUCGGCGGUAACGCUUCAAUUCAAGGACUCGCUCGCUUGAACAAACUUUGGAUGCCGUCACCACACAAAACUCCUUAUAUCUGUCAUGCGAUUUUCACAGCAGAUGUGACACUCGAGAUGAAGAAAAAGUCCAAAAGUCCUUUUGGAAAAUACAGGGGGAAAAUCCGGUGGUGCACUUUCGACGAUAUUAUCAAACUCUUCAAUUCAAGCGUUUUGAAAAGCCCAGAAAUCCUCGAUUUUAUUUCUUGGACUAUUCGAAAACCAUCACCGAUUUUAAACCCGCCAUCUGACCAUGAAACAGUUGGAAAUUUUAUGGAAAUUUCGGAAAAUGUUAUAGUUUCGGGGAAAAACACGAUUUAUGAACAAAUUGUAGAAGCAGCAGGGAUAGACCGUCACGCUCAGGAAGUGCUCUACAAGGAGUUUCUCUUAAUGAGUUACCCUGCUGUCUACUUAACUUUAUCAAAUUUUGUCAAAUUUGUCGUUGAUUUGGGUUGGACGAAAGACGAAGCUCUUCAUUUGUACCGCUCAGCGGACUUGUAUGGCCGUGGGGGGAUUUCUUUUCGCGAAUUUUUGUACUUUUUGUCAGCUACUGAGCCGGGGACCAGUCACGGGGGCGGUCCAGCCGAGUUGCGAUGUCGCUACAUUUUCAGAUAUUUAGACACCGACAAAAAUAAUCUUCUCAAAAAAGACGAAAUGAAAAAUUUGGUGAUUCUUGUACGAAAAUCGCGGAAAUUAAACAUGGAUCCUAUGCAAAUCGAAAAAGAGCUAGCCGAGUGUUACCAAUCGAUCGGAAUCGCUGAUUCUUAUCCACUCACAAUGUCGGAUUUUCUUCGUGCUGUUGGUGAAUUGAAAGUGCGAGGGACGUCGCAAAUUUUUCGGGCCCCUAAUAGUGUCCAAAAAAUCAUAAAAGACAUUAUGUGGGUCGGUUUUGAUGUUUUAUCAGAUUUUCAUCAAUGUUUUGUAGUGAUCGAGACGCUAAAAGUCAAGAAGACAGUUUCCAGCCUGUUUCUGUUGGGGGUUAUACCAAAUGUCCACUGUACGAAUUGGGGAUUCACAGUGUCAAAAUCGGAAAUUUUAUCAACAUUGAACAGUUGUGGAACAUUGAAAUUCUUCUUCACAGAUGCGACCUCCUACACGAGCACACUUCCCAUCUCCGUGAACGAAACUUCUCGAAAAACCUCAACCGACAAGUUCCAUCAGAAUUCAAAAUCAAACGAACUUCUUCGAUCUUUACGAAAACUCUUCGACCUUAACAAAAAAAGCAACUGUUAUGUUAAAAUCGAAUCAAUGGCUUACAAUUGGGGCCCACUCGACUCUACCGUUAUCGCCAAAAAUCUAGCAUCGGUUUGUAGCGAAGCCAAAGCAAUUUUUCUCAAAGAACGCAGACUCCUUGACAUCCCGUCACCAGUUUACAUUUUAGUUUUUUUACAAUUAGGGGAUUUACACGGCAAUUUCCCCGAUCUUCUCAACUUUGAGCGACUUCUAUGGCACGUUGGGCCCGCUUUGUGCCCUUGCAAUCUCCUGUUUUUGGGAGAUUAUGUCGAUCGGGGAUACUUCAGUUUCGAAAUAAUUGCUUAUUUGUUCUCCUACAAGAUACAAAGCCCCAAAAAGGUGUUUUUAUUAAGAGGCAACCACGAAAUUAAACGCGUUCAACAACAAUGGACAUUUGAAAAAGAAUGUAAAAUGAAGUUUGGUGAAAAAUUAGGUGCUUUUAUUUUCAAUUCCAUAAACGAUGUUUUCGAUUGUUUGCCUCUUGCUGCUGUUAUCGAUGGUCGAGUUUUUUGCUGUCAUGGUGGUAUUCCGCCCCCUUGGCUUUGCCCUGUUGUUUCAGCAAUAAAUGAUAUCCCUUCGUUACUAAAUGAGCCCCAAGAGCAAAGCUCUUUGGCUUGGGAACUCAUGUGGAAUGACCCAAUCCGGGCAAAAACAGUCACCGAUAAAAUCGCAAUGGAAUUGCUAGCAAAUGAGGGAUUUGCGGUGAAUAGUAAGAGAGGAACUGCUCAUAUUUUUAGUGUUGAAGCUUUGGAGAGGUUUCUCGCGUCGAAUGGUUUCACUCAUUUGAUUCGAGCUCACGAAGUCGUAGAAGCGGGAUUUUAUUUGCAGCAAAAAGGACAUCUUUUGACCGUUUUUUCCUCGUCGAAGUAUUGCGGAGGGGGCAAUAGUGCGGCUUGUAUUCUCGCCGAUCAAGGCAAACUCAGGAUUUUGCGACUGGAGAGUGAAUAAAAAUUUAAGUUGCGUUUGUAUAUUUUUUAAAAUUUUCUAAUUCUAAUUCUAAUGAAAUAAAAAAAUAAUAAUAAAUAAUAAAUAAAAAAAUCAUGAAUUUAAGACGUUUUAUCCACUUUUGAGUCUUUUGGAUUCCUAGGAUUUGCACAAGCGAAUUUCCUGGACGAUUCUUUAUAAGA